GCCUAAGAAAAUGUAUCAUACUCUCGCACUCUCUGCUAAAACCUAGUCCCCUCAUUUUCUCUCUCCUCUACACCAAUGGCGGCGAUGAUGCAGCCACAGAUCAUACUCCUCAAGGAAGGCACAGACACAUCGCAGGGCAAGGCGCAGCUAAUCAGCAACAUCAAUGCUUGCACUGGUAUCGCCGAUGUUGUUCGCACUACUCUAGGCCCCAGAGGUAUGGACAAGCUUAUCCAUGACGAUAAAGGUAACACCACCAUUUCUAAUGACGGCGCGACUAUUAUGAAGCUCCUUGAUAUUAUUCAUCCUGCUUCUAAGAUCCUCGUCGAUAUCGCUCGCUCCCAAGAUUCUGAGGUUGGAGAUGGUACCACAACAGUUGUACUACUAGCUGGUGAAUUUUUGAAGGAGGCAAAGCCAUUUAUUGAAGAUGGAGUCCAUCCGCAAAAUUUGAUUCGAAGUUACCGAAAUGCAUCCCAAUUGGCUAUUCAGAAGGUUAAAGACUUGGCUAUCAGUAUUGAGGGAAAGAGUUUGGAAGAGAAGAAAAGCUUACUAGGUAAGUGCGCAGCGACGACACUCAGCUCGAAGCUUAUUGGGGGAGAAAAAGAAUUCUUCGCACAGAUGGUUGUUGAUGCGGUUCUUGCUGUUGGAGUUGAUGACAGACUGAGCAUGAUUGGAAUUAAAAAGGUACCAGGAGGCAACAUGCGGGAUUCAUUUCUUGUCAACGGUGUAGCGUUUAAGAAGACAUUUUCUUAUGCUGGUUUUGAACAGCAGCCUAAGAAAUUUUUGUCACCUAAGAUACUACUGUUGAACAUUGAGUUGGAACUGAAAUCUGAGAAAGAAAAUGCAGAGAUAAGGCUUUCAGAUCCAUCCCAAUAUCAGUCAAUUGUUGAUGCUGAAUGGAAUAUCAUUUAUGACAAAUUAGACAAAUGUGUGCAGACUGGUGCUAAAAUUGUUCUUUCACGGUUGGCAAUUGGAGACCUGGCAACACAGUAUUUUGAUAGAGAUAUUUUCUGUGCUGGCCGUGUUGCUGAAGAAGAUCUACAGCGUGUUGCUGCUGCAACUGGUGGGACUGUCCAAACAUCAGUCAACAACAUAAUUGAUGAGGUUCUUGGAACAUGUGAGAUAUUUGAGGAGAAGCAAGUUGGAAAUGAGAGGUUCAAUAUUUUCAGUGGAUGUCCUUCUGGUCAUACAGCCACCAUUGUUCUUCGUGGUGGAGCUGAUCAGUUCAUUGAAGAAGCAGAGCGCAGCCUGCACGACGCUAUUAUGAUAGUUAGAAGAGCUGUUAAGAACUCUACCGUUGUUGCUGGUGGUGGGGCCAUAGAUAUGGAAAUAAGCCGACACCUAAGACAGCAUGCCAGAACAAUAGCUGGAAAAUCUCAGCUGUUUAUAAACUCUUAUGCCAAAGCUUUGGAGGUAAUCCCAAGACAGCUUUGUGACAAUGCUGGAUUUGAUGCGACGGAUGUGCUGAACAAAUUGAGACAGAAGCAUGCGCUUCCCUCUGGUGAGGGUGCUAAUUAUGGGGUGGACAUCAACACUGGAGGAAUAACUGAUUCCUUUGCCAAUUUUGUUUGGGAGCCAGCAGUUGUCAAAAUAAAUGCAAUAAAUGCAGCUUCAGAAGCAGCCUGUCUUGUCUUGAGCGUUGAUGAAACAGUGAAGAAUCCCAAGUCAGAGAGUGCUCAAGGAGAUGCUGCUGCUAUGGGAGGUAGAGGACGAGGAGCAGGUGGCCGCGGGCGGGGAAUGAGAAGGCGAUGAACGCAAUCCCCUGAAUUAUUAGCUGAAGUUUUGACCUGUUUGUGCUAUGUCGAGGAAAAGGCAAUGUUUCAAGCGUAAUCCUGCUGAAUGGAAGACCAAUCGCAUGUAGGCUCAACAAAUUGGUGCUCUAGACAAAACUGUUUUAAUCAAGCUGUGUAUUGUGCUUCCCAAUUACAUUUUGAGGUAUGGGAGGUAGAGGACGAGGAGCAGGUGGCCGCGGGCGGGGAAUGAGAAGGCGAUGAACGCAAUCCCCUGAAUUAUUAGCUGAAGUUUUGACCUGUUUGUGCUAUGUCGAGGAAAAGGCAAUGUUUCAAGCGUAAUCCUGCUGAAUGGAAGACCAAUCGCAUGUAGGCUCAACAAAUUGGUGCUCUAGACAAAACUGUUUUAAUCAAGCUGUGUAUUGUGCUUCCCAAUCACAUUUUGAUUAUAAUGUUGAAAGCGGUUGUGCUGUGUUGGGGAAGCUGUUUGUCAAGUGUUGGAGGGUUUUGUCGCGUAGUUGUUUUGAAAAUUUUGGUUUGUGUAGGGAUUAGUUGAUAUUUUAUCCAUUAUUAACACUCUUUAAGUUCUUUUGGGCCUA